GAUACUGCUGACCACCGGCAAGCAUUGGGUAAUCAUAUUAGAAAACAUCUAGAUGAUAGUGAUGAUGAUUUACCUUUUCCAAACCAAACAAUUUCUCAAAUUUCAUCUAAAAAAACAACCAAAGUUAAUGAUAAAAGCAUGUCCGGAAGGCAAAAUAUGUUUGAAGAAACUGAAAUAAAUGAUAUUCCAGAGAAGGAUAACUUUAAUAUUGACAAGUCUAAUAAAAUGCUAAAUCUUGAUAUUUUACUUGUCAAUCAUACAAAUUCCUCUCAAAGUCAUGAUGAAUCUAUCGAAGAACAGGAUGCUGAAUUUUUUAAUGCAAGUGAUUUCUACAGUAGCAACACAUCUGAUGAUAAAUCCGGAGUAUCUGAUUCAAGCACUUCUCACAGCAGCAACACAUCCGAUAAUGAAUUCACAGUAUCUGAUUUAUCAGACAUAAUGAAUAUCGAUAUUAAUGAAUAUUCUGAAUAUAAUAAUUUAAUUUCUGGAAAACCAACGGAUCUACUUGCAAAUGUAUUUAUAAGAUUCUUUAACAAAUAUUCAAAUCGUAAUGAUUAUCCCUUACUAUUGACGUUGCAAACUGAGCAGGUGUUCAUUGAAAAUCUUAACCUUCCAAACUUUAGUUGGAGAAAAGAA